AUGACGAGCGUUAUCAGUCCUCUAACAUUCUCCUAUCGGGAAGGUGUGCGAGGGCAGCGGAAAUUUGGACCUAUUUCUUGUACGGCUAUUACUAGCAAAGAGUUUAUGCAAGAGAUAUCGGCUCUUAAAACUACGAGGGUGGAUGCAGAUCAAUUGAAGAAAGCAUACCGGAAACUGGCUCUCCGUUACCAUCCCGACGUGUGUGACCCGUCCUUGAGGGAAGAAUCCACGCGCAUGUUUGUUGAGCUGCAGAAGACGUACGCGAACCUGCUGGAUCAAGAAUCUCAGAAAACGGAUAGGUCAGAAACGAGGGGUAAGUGGGAAGGCCAGCUCUCGGAGCUGAGGAGACGGUCAUGUAACAGAGACGAGCAGGGAGAUGGGAGCUGGGGAAGCCGGAUGAGGGCAAAGCAACACGGCCCAUGA